UCUCUGCUCUUGAGCCAUCAUCUAUCUCUCCCUCUCUUGUCGAUCAGCUAGCUCACACACAAAUAAUAGUAACAAUGGAGGGCAAGGAGGAGGAUGUUCGUCUUGGCGCCAACCGCUACUCGGAGCGGCAGCCGAUCGGCACGGCGGCGCAGGGCAGCGACGACAAGGACUACAAGGAGCCUCCCCCGGCGCCGCUGUUCGAGGCGGAGGAGCUGACGUCGUGGUCCUUCUACCGCGCGGGCAUCGCCGAGUUCGUGGCCACCUUCCUGUUCCUCUACAUCAGCAUCCUGACGGUGAUGGGCGUGAGCAAGUCGCCCAGCAAGUGCGCCACCGUGGGCAUCCAGGGCAUCGCCUGGUCCUUCGGCGGCAUGAUCUUCGCCCUCGUCUACUGCACGGCGGGCAUCUCCGGCGGCCACAUCAACCCGGCGGUCACCUUCGGGCUCUUCCUGGCGCGCAAGCUCUCGCUCACCCGCGCGCUCUUCUACAUGGUGAUGCAGUGCCUGGGCGCCAUCUGCGGCGCCGGCGUCGUCAAGGGCUUCCAGCAGAGCCUGUACAUGGGCAACGGCGGCGGCGCCAACGCCGUGAACCCGGGCUACACCAAGGGCGACGGCCUCGGCGCCGAGAUCGUCGGCACCUUCGUCCUCGUCUACACCGUCUUCUCCGCCACCGACGCCAAGCGCAGCGCGCGCGACUCGCACGUCCCCAUCCUCGCGCCGCUCCCCAUCGGAUUCGCCGUCUUCCUCGUGCACCUCGCCACCAUCCCCAUCACCGGCACCGGCAUCAACCCAGCGCGAAGCCUCGGAGCAGCCAUCGUCUACAACAGGUCCCAAGCAUGGAACGACCACUGGAUCUUCUGGGUUGGCCCCUUCAUCGGCGCUGCUCUUGCGGCCAUCUACCAUGUGGUGAUCAUCAGGGCCAUCCCCUUCAAGAGCCGCGACUAGCUAAUUGGUUAAGCAGCUAGCAAACCACCAAUGCAUCAAUCGAGUCGACUCAAUAAUAAGCUCAUAUAUGCAUAAGAAGAAGUAUGUGUUUUUAUUCAUGUGGAGAUCGACUCUUCGCUGUCUACUGUAAUUACAUAUGCAUCUAUGUUGGAUCGUGUGAGUGUGUGAUGCUGAGGCCAGCCAGUGUGUUUCUUGAUUGCUUGCGCCUUCAGCUAAAAAUCAAUGUGCAUGCACUUCCUAGUUGUGAAUUUUACUUGGAGUAAUGUGCAGGCAUGUUAUUAUGUAUCAAGUAAAUCAAGCAGCUAGUCUUGUAAAAAGAUUAAUCUUGUCUACUUCUA